AUGACGGAAGUCUACACCUUCGGGCACAGGAUUGAGACCGCCCAGAAGCUGCUGGGGUCCACCCCAUACGACCUGCUCCUGAUUCGGAUCGGCGACUCCUUCUCCGGCCUCCUUCUCUUCGCGAUCGGCUUCCUGCUGCUCAUGGUCUCCUUCGUGAAAGAUCGCAAGUUCCAAAGCUUCUUCGCCAAGGGGUGCACGUUGCUCCACGUUUUCAUGGCGAUGUGGCGGUUCUACUUCAAGCAACGGGUGGAGGACCUCGCCUGGGACUGGCUGAGGCAGACGGUCGGUGACGUCGUGCCGGCGGCGUCUUGGGUUUAUGUUAAACCAUAA